AUGGCGCCUUCUAUCCCAUCGGAUAUCUCAACCAUCCUGGGCGACAAACUGUCUGGUGAUGAGAAGCAAAAAGUAACGGAAUACAUUACUAGUCUGCAGACUCAAAUUGAAGAACUUGGUGGAAGUCUUCCCGCUGAAGAGAAAAACACAGAAAACCAAACGGCAGAAGCAGAAACAUCCUCAGGUGUUACCGUCACGGUCUACGAUGCGGCGUCCGGUGCCGAAGACUUUGACAAGGCCGGCGAGUUCAAGCAACAAGCGGCAGAUGCCAAGUCGAAUGGGGAUCACUCAAAAGCUUUGGAAUUGUACAAUCAAGCCGUCCUUGCCGCUCCUCCUUCUGCUUUGCUGUACUCGAAUCGUGCCAUUUGUCUCAUGAAAUUGGGACACUAUAAGGAAUCGGAACAAGAUUGCAACCGCGCCUUGGAACAGAACCCGGACUCUGGAAAAGCUCUGAAAACAAGAGGUCAACUCCGCUUUCAACAUUUGCAAGAUUGGCACGGGGCCCUGUCCGAUUUGGGACAAGCCCAGUCGAUUGAUUUUGAUCCGGAAGUAGCCGACAUGCUCAAGGAACUUUCCAAGAAGCGUGUCGAAGAAGAAAAGGAACAAGCCAAGGAACGAUUGGCCAAGGAAGAAAAGAUGCGAAAGAAGGCAGAAGAGAUUCGCAAGGUCCGAGAAGAAGAAGCCGCAAGAGCAAAGGAGGAACAACAACAACAACGUAGUGCUGCGGGUGGUAUGCCUGGAAUGGGAGGUAUGGGUGGCAUGCCUGGAAUGGGAGGCAUGGGUGGAAUGCCUGGAAUGGGCGGCGCCGGCGGCCCUGGUGGCAUGGACAUGGGAGGCCUCAUGGGUAUGAUGAUGGGAGAUCCUGAAAUUCAGGCCGCCAUGCAAAACCCCAAGGUCGUGGCUGCCUUUGGGGAACUCAUGAAUAGUCCCGGAGGCCCCGCUGGACUGUUGAGCAAUCCUGCCAAACUACAAAAGAUCAUGUCGGAUCCAGAAGUUGGUCCUAUUUUGCAAAAGAUUAUGGGCAAAUUGGGUGGCGGCGGCGGCGGUAUGCCUGGAAUGGGAGGCAUGGGCGGUAUGGGCGGUGGUGGCAUGCCAGGUGCUGGUGGUGGAAAUGAUGAUGAUAUUCCUGAUUUGGACAUGGGCGAUUUGCCAGACUUGGUGGAUUAA